AUGGAGUGUAGAAAUAAUUCAGGGGAAUACCUUAGCUAUAACUGUUAUUCUACAUUGAAAUCUUAUUUCGAUAAUUCACAAUUAUCUGAUACUGCUACUAAGAUUUUUGAUGAAACCAAAAAAAAAUUAAAAGAAGAAUAUCAAAAUAUUGAUACAAAUCAUAAAAUAUUUAGUGAUUUUGCAAGAUUUUUAACAAAAGAUCAUAAUUUUUCAACGUAUGGAUACCCCAUAUCUUGUACGUACCUUAACGUUUGGUUAAAUGACGAAGUUAAAAAUAGAUAUAGUUCUGAAUUUGAAUCAAAAUUUCAUGUUUUCAGGGAUUUUGCAAGAAAAUUUGCUACGGAAAGUAAAAAUCAUAAUUAUCCUAGAGAUUCAUGUGAAAUAUACAUAAAAAAACCAGAUGAUGAAUAUCGAAAAAAGGAAAUCUUAUAUAAACUCUAUUAUUAUUAUACUGAACAUAAAACACGAUUAAAUUAUACAACCGGUAAACCAUUAUGUGAUAACAUUAAUUUAAUAGUUAGUGAAUCUUGGAAUGCCAAUGAAUAUAUUAAAAAUGAUGAACAUUUUAAAAAAACACUAAAAGACCUUAAAGAUAUAAUUAUAAGAGAAGAACAUCAUAAAAACGAAUGUGAUUAUAGUAUAUUAAAAAAUAUGUUACCAAAAGAAGAUCCCAAGCCUAUAGUAGAAGCACCUGUUAUGCCAGUACAUAAUUCAUUAGAAACAAAUCAAUUAACAACCCCCCCAAAUGAAGGUUUAGAACAUAGAUUAGGUGAAAAUAGACAUAAUGUUGAAAUAGGAUUAUCAGAAACUGAAGGAUUAGGACAACAACCAAAAUUACAAGAAGAGGAACCUCCCGCAGCAAUGACACCAUCACAAACUCUACAAAAACAACUAUCAUUCAGAGUAUCGCAAGAAGGAGUUCCAUUAGAUAAAAGAACGUCACAAGAAAAUCCAUCGUUCAGAACACGGCAUCAAGAAGCAAGACUUUUAAAACUAGAGAGAGAAUUAACCCAAACAGAUGAUCAUUUAUAUGGUGAUAAGCAACACGCUAGAAGUGAUGAAAGAGGAGUCUUAGGAACAAUACAAAAUACUUUUAGUGAUGUUUUAGGAUCUGUUGAACCAGCGCCAAUUCUCGGUGUAUCUGGUGGAAUGGGUGUUUUAUUUUUACUUUUUAAGUUGGAACAUUCUUUAGAGGAAGAAGAGGACGCACAUAUGGAAUUCCUAGUGGUUUCAAUGGACCAUUCCCAGGAGAAUUUCCAGGAUAUCAAGAUUAUUUGGGUGCAAAUAUUGGAUAUAGUCAAAUGA